UUUGUCUAACCAAUUUGAUUGAAAGAUUGAAGUAGAAUGUACGGGAGUGGGACAACGAAACAAGUUUUACAUAAAAACACAACUAACAAGUAAAAGUUGUUGAAGUGUAAGGUAGCCAAGUUAGUGUAAAAAAAUAUGGUAUUUUAAGAAUAUUGUUACACAAAAUUUUUCAAUUUUACAAUUAUUUAAAAAUAUAAAAAGAAUUAUUUUGGAAAAUAUCAAGAAGCAAAAUAAUAAAUCUUUAUAAUUGAAAAAAUGUAUAAAUAAUUUUAUGCAACUCGCAAAUGUAAUAAAAUUUUUACUGGAGCUCCUUAGGAUUUUUAUUAUUCGCUUUUUUUUUAAUACGAUACGACGUUGUUGGUAUUUUUAUCUAUCUCUUUCAUAUAUUCCAGUUACAUUUUGAUUUGUGUGAAUAUAGAAGAAACAGAAGUGUUCAUAAAAAAAAAUAAGGAAAAAAAAAAGAAAAUGAAAAAUUUUGUGUGGUGAAUGAAUUUUGGUUUUAAAAAGAAUAUACAAAUGCACAUAUAUACAUACAUGCAUAUAUAAUACGUCCGCACCCUUUCACGCCUUUCAAAAACAUAAUUUUCUUAUUUGAAUAGUCUAAUGUCAAAUAUUUUAAUAAAAAAUUCAAUUUAUUAAAUUAUUAAGAAAAUAAUUACAAAAAUAUGAUAUCAUUUUAAAUGUUUUAUUGCAAAAUAAUUACCUAAACAAGUGAAAAAAUAAUAUAUAUAACUUAAAAAAUAUACGACCACACACAAACAAUAAAAUAUCUUAGAGUUUACAGUAGAUAUAAUUUCUUUUUAAGAUUCAAAAGAAAGUUAGUAAUAAAAUUUUAAUAAAGUGAAAAAAGAAUUAAUACAUAUUAGUAAAAAAUGAAAAGUAUAAUUAAAAAAUAUAGUUGAAAUAAAAGUGCUUUAUCUUUAAGUAGUUAUACUUUUUCUGUGUAUUUUUUUUUUCGUUUCAAUAAAUGUGCACAAAAAAUUACAAACUAUUAUUGAAGUAAUUUUCAUCCAAAGUCAUCAACUAUAUUAUACAGACAAGAUUUUUGUGAAGAAAAAACCUAAGUUUUUAAAUAAAACGAAAUAAAAUUUUGGAUAAUAUUACAAAAGAUGAAGGUAUGCUACAUCGUAGCACAAAAUUGGAACAUUAUUACAUUUUGAUAAUAAAUGAAUUAUGGAGCAAUAAUUCCCAUGACUUAUUUACAAAAGAUUCGAAUCAAAACUAAAUUAAAUAAAUUAAUAACUAAGAAUUGAAGAAAAAUAAUAAUUCUUUGAAAAAUAAAGAAUUAUCAAAAAGAAAAAACACAUUUUCAAAAGUAAAAAACCUGUAAUCUAAAUAGUAAAAGGAAAAUAUUUGAAUAUAAUCAAAAUAAUUUAAAUUAAAAAUGCCAUUACCGAAACGUUCAAUAGAACCAGUGCAUGUAGCACGUUCUGUUUAUCAACGUGAUGAAUUACAACCAACUGAAUUAGAAACAGUAACGAAUACAACAUUAACAAAUAUUAUUCGACAAUUGUCAUCAUUAUCUAAACAUGCUGAAGAUAUAUUUGGUGAAUUAAGACGUGAUGUUGGUAAUAUUGCUGAUCGUGCAAAUUCACUGCAAGCUCGUAUUGAUCGUUUAGCAAUUAAAGUAACACAAUUAGAUAGUACUGUUGAAGAAGUACCAUUAACUGAUAUACAAUUAAAGAAAGCCUUUAAAUCUGCUAAUAUAUUUGAUCAACAAAUAUUUUCACGUGCAACAAUGCCAGCACCAAUGUUAGAAACAUAUGCAUUAUGCGAUAAACCACCACCACUUGAUAAAUUAAAUGUAUAUCGUGAUGAUGGUAAAGAUGGUCUCAAAUUUUAUACAGAUCCAAAUUAUUUCUUUGAAUUAUGGAGACAAGAAAUGCUUAAGGAUACAGAACGUGUUAUGCAUGGUAAAAAAAUGCAUCGGCCUAGAGAUGGUAGCGCAGGCGGUAAUCAAAGUGGACAAGGUAAUCAAAGUAGUAAUGCUGCUGGUGGUAGAGGACAUAAGAAACGUGUACGAACCCCACAUAAUACAAGAGAAAAACAACGACAAAUCGCCAUUGGACAUGGUGAAACUUUAAUGCCUAAUAAUGUGAUUUAUAGGACACCAAAUGCUGUGCCAACUGAUGAAUCGGGUUAUGGUAGCUAUCACAGCGAUCAACCAAAUUAUUUCUACUAUUAUCCAAUUCAACAUAAUACUUUGGAAUUGUCACCAUCAAGAAUUCGUCCGCUUCAAGAUGACUUAUUGCAUCCCGAAUUGGAUAGUACAACACGUUCUUUAGUUUCUUCAUGCAUUAAAGAUUUAUCGUGUAUGGGUGUUUACGAUACACGACCUCCUCGACCAAAUUCAAUCGAAUUACGACGAAGCUAUCCAGCCGAAUCAGUAGAUGGCGGAUAUGGGCCUUUGUCACCACAAGCAGCAGCAAAUGCAGGUACUGGAUAUCAAUCAAUUUAUGGUAUGCAUCCAAAUGCUGUUGGUGGACAACAGCAUAUGCAACAAAUGCAACAACAACAAAUGAAUUUAACACAACAACAGCAACAGCAACAAUUAUACGAUGAAUCAAUUUAUAAUUCGCAAUCUAUUUAUGGCCAAGGUGGGCAAGGUCCAAUAUCACAAGAAAAUUUAUAUGCGCCUGGCACUCCAUCACGAACAAAACCCAGACCUACACAACCGCCACCAGCUCCACCAUCAAAUGGCAGCAAUGGUGGUACCCCGAAUACAUCAAACGCAAACACACCAACACGUGGCAGAAGUAUGUCGACUGGAAGAGAUAAUUUACCACCGCCUCCACCUAUACCAGAUGGAUUAAAUAACGGAGGUAAUAUGGCGCCAAAUUCACCACCACCACAAUUGAAUAUGAAUGGAGGUAAUGUUGUAGCAAAUAAAUUAUUAGGACGUGCAAAUAGUACAUCAAGAUCUGGUUCCCCGCAAUUGGGACCAUGUAGUAGUGUGCAGGAUGCUAAUGCAUUAGUUAUGGCACAAUUAAGUAAUCAAAUCAAUAAUCUUAACCAUAUUAAUAUGCAAAUGAAUCAAAUAAAUAAUAUUAAUGAUUUGCCACCACCUCCACCAAUACCAGAUCAGAUAACGCCGCCAAAUUCAGCUCCACCACCACCACCUCCCCCUCCACCAUUAUUAGAGGGUCCCCAACAAAAUCAACAACAAAGUCAACAAAUUAUUCCUCCAAAACCGAUGGCUAAUGGCGAUAUACCAGGAAAUCAUCCAUCGGCUAAUGGUGUAAUUAUGGCCGGACAAGGUUUAGGUGGUAAAGUAACUGUGGGACCGAAAAAAUUAUUACCUCCAUUCCAUGAUACUCGAACGGAUCUAAUGAAAGCCAUAAGAGAUGGAAUAACCUUGAGAAAAGUCGAAAGAACCGAACAAAAAGAAAUUGAAAGAUCUACUGGUUUACAUGAUGUUGCUUCAAUUUUGGCAAGGCGUGUAGCAAUUGAACUAUCUGAAUCGGAAGACUCAGAAAGUGAAGACGAUAGUGAGGGAUGGGUUGAACCACAAGAAACGUCCGCUUGAUCUUUAGCCGAUGUAGGUGGUGGCAAUACUAGUAAUAUUAGCGGUAAUAAAACCAAAAAGAAAAAAUAAUUAAUAAUUUUUCACAGGAGUGAACUAAUAUUAGAAUAGAAGGAAUAAUGAAAAUGUGUUUGAAAACAUUAAUUAAAGAAAAAUAAAAACGAUAUUAAAAAGAAACAAAUUCAACAAUUAAAGGUGUAAUUAAUAAUAAAUCUUUUAAAUCUACCUUUGCAUAAUGGUACUAAUUAUUAUAAAAACAAAUUAUAUGUAAUGUAAUUUGUUAAAUUAAAGAAAAAUUAUACAUAUUCAUAAUGAAAACAAUGAAAAACUAUUAAAAUCUUUUAAUGGAAAUUUGAACAAAAAACCUAAAACAAAUAAAUAAAGUUAAAUAAAUUUCUAAUUGAAAUUAGUUGAAAUAUUUUUAAUAAAAUCUUAAAAUAAAUAUAAUUUAUUGAGAAUGACAUAGAUAUGUGACAAACAUUUAGUGUAUAAAUUAUUAUAAAAUUACCUAAGUAAUAACUCUUUAGUAUUUCAUAAAAUUUACUGAAAAUAUGAGAAAGAUUAUUGAAUUGGAUUAAAUCAAAGAAUAUGUAAGGCUUUUCUAAUACUGGUUCAUCACGUUUAGUUGCAUAAUGUAAAUUCAACUUUAAUUUUACGAAUUAUAAUAAAGUGAAAUGUUAAUAAUUAUUGUUAUUUAAUUUGCUUUGCGAAAAUUAAAAGUAAUCGAAAAAAGUAAUUAAAAAAAAGUUCGCCAUAUUUUAAUUGUACAUUAUUUUUAAAGUUUGCAAAAAUUAAAAAAAAAAAAACAAUUUAAAAAUAUAGUAUUGUACAUUUAUCUUAAAAAUAUAAAAUAAAUAUAAAUUAGUUACUUCAUUCAAAUAAUAAAAUAUAAGUAAAUAAGGAAAAAUAUUACAUAGUACAUAAUAUAUUAAUUUAAAAACAU